AUGUCGUCCCCAGUGAAGCCGCCGCAGAAUGUUCAGGUAAACCCACUAACUGCAAGCCAGAUUGAUGUCACAUGGGACCCACCGCCAGCCAGCAGCCAAAAUGGCAUCAUCCAGGGGUACAAGAUUUACACGUGGGAAACAAAUAACCGCAAUCACACAGAGACAGUCCUGUCCAAGCCAGAAAAUACAGUGAAGUUAAAAAACCUGACCAGCUACACAAGCUAUUCUGUCAGCGUGUCCGCUUUUAAUGCCGCAGGGGAAGGGCCGAAAAGUGAUCCCAUUCAGGGCACAACACAGCAGGCUGCUCCAAGUGCUCCAGGCUUCCUGGCUUUUACUGAAAUGACUUCCAGCACCUUGAAUGUGACCUGGGGGGAACCUGUGACAACCAACGGGAUUCUGCAAGGUUACCGAGUGGUGUACGAGCCGCUGGCUCCUGUACUAGGGGUCAGUAAAGUGGUGGCAGUUGAUAUAAAGGGGAACAAGCAGCGGUGGCUGAAGGUACGAGAUCUCACAAAGGGAGUGACAUACAACGUCCAGGUGCAGGCAAAGACCGUCAGCUUUGGACCAGAACUACAGGCCAAUAUUACCGCUGGACCCCCCAAAGGUUCCCCUGGGUCCCCUCAACAAGUGUCUAUCAGCAAGUCAUCCUCAAGCCUCACUCUCCAGUGGUCUGAGGGCUCCUCUGGGGAGCGACCAACCACAGGCUUUAUCAUUGAAGCCCGCCCUUCAGAUGAAGGUCUCUGGGACAUAUUUGUGAGAGACAUACCCCGAGGAGCCACAUCAUGCACAAUUAGUCUGGAUCAGCUUAGACCAGGAGUGAACUAUGAAUUCCGGGUUGUUGCAAUAAAUGCAGUGGGUUAUGGAGAACCAAGCUUGGCAUCUGCUGCUGUGUCAGCGCAGACAGAAGUGUCUUUCUAUGAGCACUGGUGGUUCCUGUUGGCCAUUGCUCUGACCAGCAUUAUCUUCAUUCUCCUUCUUGUGUUUGCACUGGUCCUAUAUGGUCAGAACAAACGCUAUCAGAUCUGCAGCACAGGGAAGGACAUCUCCCCCCGUGAGGACACAUGCAACAAGGAUCGUGGGACAUUUGCUGCUCUGGAGCUCAGCAGAAGACAUCUAAAUUUCAUAAAGAAAAAUGGAGCACGGUCUCCCCCACGGCCCAGUCCUGGGGGGCUACAUUACUCAGAUGAAGAUAUCUGCAAUAAAUAUAAUGGGACUGCGCUGAAGGACAAUGCAUUGCUCACUGAUAAACCAGAAUCUGAAGCCAGUAUCAACAAGAGCCCGUCACAGAGUAAUGAGUUGUCUGAUUCCGAUUAUGAGGACAAUCUCCCAAAACAUUCCUUUGUGAACCAUUACAUGACUGACCCUUCCUACUACAACUCAUGGAAGCGGCAGCAGAAGAACAUUAAGCACUCAGGUCUCUACGGCUACGAGGAGUGUGAGGGGAGUGAGCCUGAGCCCUAUUUCCAGACGGUCACUCAGAGCUCAGGGGGUAUUUAUACCCUGACCGGACAAGUUCCUCAUGGCUCUAGGACUCCAGUCACAGGCUUCUCAUCGUUUGUGUGAUGUGCUCUGUGGGACCUCCGACCCCCCACUGUGUGUACAUAGGUCUUGUGUGGGCGCUCACACGUACAACAAUACUGUCUGCUUUUGAAGACAAUCAACACGUAAAACAAACUGGUUUUGUAGGAACUUUUGCAGGAUUCCUUUUCAGUUUAUUUAUAUUUUUGUUAGUUUUUUUUAUGUUGUUUUGUAAGUCCAGAAAAAGCUGUUAUUGAGGACUCAGUAGUGAUGAGUUUAUCUGCAGUCUGUGAGUACUGGUGUGGGGCGCCUGAGGUUUCACAUGAGUGGGUACCAGGUGUGAGGCCUGAAGACUUCUUUAUGCAUGCUUGAUUUGGGUCGUAUGCCAGCUGGAUUCUCCCUUUUCAUUAUGUGCUGCUUUAUAUUACAAAGUUUAGGUGGUUAUAACGGGACAAAAAUGGAGAAAAACUGUUUGACUUGUCUGAGUAUUAAGAACCAUGGGUGUAAACCUCUGUGUCAUCAAAUAAAUCUCCAUAAACCUC